AUGACGGGAGUCGGUAGCACGGCCAACUAUAAGCCGCUGCGUACGAAAGACGAUGUUGCCAUGGUUGCCCGCCGUUCGACCGUGCUCCGGACGGUGCUGCUGCUGGUGGUAGUGUUUUUCGUGCUGUUCUGCCUAAUGGGCUACUUCUACCAGCCGGGAUCGUCAUCGGAUCGCUCGAAGAACCACCAAUAUCCGACGGAUGAGGCAUCCUACGAAGCACUUUUGCGUCGACUAAAAACCAUACUGAACUGCAAUACUCAGAAGAAUGAUUUCCAGCUGGAAACGCACGGGAACUACUAUGCGUUGCGUAACAUUGUGGCCGCACAGCAACCGAUCGAGUGCUAUGAAACCAUCACCUACACCACGCACGGUGACUACACGUUCCUGGACAACGUGGUACCGCUGUUGGAACGCUGGCGCGCUCCACUCAGCGUUGCCCUGUACGCGCCCGGCACCGACCUAGAUCGGACGGUAGAACUAAUACGCUACCUUCUGGAGUGUCACGAACGCCGGCUGCUGGUGCGUCAAUAUGUCAGCUUUCACCUUUACUUCGGUGUCGAACAUCUACCGGAACGUCCCAUCAGCCACUAUCGGGAACUGUUGACGAUUCCACUCGACUGCUCCAACACUACAACCCUGUGGAACGUACUCUAUGACGCGGAGGUUGGAGUGGAUUCGUUUCGUGUGGUAAAUAAUCUCACCUACCCGGUCAACGUGGGCCGCAAUUUGGCACGCAGUUCGGCACUGACCCACUUCGUCCUUGCGAGUGACAUCGAGCUCUACCCGAACCCGGAUUUUAUACCGAUGUUCCUGCGUAUGAUCGCCCACCCGUUCUAUCAGUACACUCUACACAGUCCCAGUGUUUACGUGCUGCCGGUGUUUGAGGUGGCCGAAGGGAUGCCCGUCCCAGAGGAUAAGGGUGAACUGCUAGAUGCCUUGCAGCGCGGUGAGGCGAUCAAGUUUCACGAAAAGAUCUGCUCCAACUGCCACACGGUGCCGGGCUAUGCGGAAUGGUUGGGUGUGCUCAAGUACGACUACACGAUGGACAUACAGACGACCUCCAAGCGGUUGGGCGCUUAUUCCCAGUGGGAACCGAUCUACGUUGGCACGAAGCACGAACCGCAGUACGAUGAGCGGCUCAGCUGGGAAGGCAAGGCGGAUAAAAUGACGCAGGGAUACAUCAUGUGCAUCCUCGGAUACGACUUUCACGUUCUGGAUAAUGGCUUUCUGGUGCAUCGGCCGGGCAUAAAAUCAAUCAAACAAGCAAACCGGCCGCCACAGCAAGCCAAACAACGGACCUUCAUCCGGCGAACGAUUGCCAAAGAGAUCCAUGCGCUAUACGGCGAUUUAGAAGGUUGUGCUAUAUAAGGACACUGAUCCUGACAAUCGUCUCAUCGAUGGGCAAACUUUGUUCUAGUCAAACAAAUAACAAAUCCUGAGCAUGUGACCAACUAUUUUUUUAUUCACACGCGUUACACAUUACUAAAAAUAGAAGGGAUAGCACGUAUAGAAUCGAGUAUUAGUGAACUUUUAGAUUAAACACAUCCGCCGGAGAAGUUUGCCCUAAGCACACCCGGUCACGUUGGCAACUCCAUCGCACGCGUUAAUGAGUUCGUUGAACGCCUGAUCCGGGCCGCAGAAGUUCAGCCUCGGCCUAUCGUCCACGCACAGGAAGAACUUCCGGCAAUCGUCCGGCGCACGGAAGAAGCGCACCGGCUGGACAAGUCCUUGCGCCUGCGGGGGGCAUCGGAAUCCGAGGAACGCCUCGGCAUCGCAGUCCUCCACCAGGUCGGCCCAGUCGCACUGAUAGGUGGCCGAGUUGAAGGCCAACCCGAUCGGGCAAUCGAGCACAUACGCCGUCCCACCGGCACAGUUCUUAAACUGUCCGCAGUUGGCCCGAUCGCCGACCUUGUAGUAGCCGAACUGGUGCGGGCAGUCCUCCGUCGGAAUGGCCGGUUGGGUGCGCGUGCGGCUACCGCAGUCUACGUCGAUCGGGUACUGGCACGGGUAGGCGAAGACCGAUGCCUUGUCGUUGAACAGCAGACCGUCCGGGCAGAGUUGUCGAUUCGGUUCUCCAUCCUAGCAAAAAACGGCGGAAAUUCGUGGCAUUAUUUUGUGUUGUGUUUUCCAAAGACAGCGAUAAAAAGACGUACCACACACUCGAUGUAUGCGUCACACUGAUCCGAGACGGGAAAGCGGCCAUUCUUCUCCGGGCAAGAUUGGCUUUGUGCUGUGAAGUAAAUACAAGUGAACGGUUUUAAAUAAAUAUUUCAUUGUUAACUGAAUU